AAAGGCUGCAAUUGGGAGGCACCCUCAGAUAGUUCUGGUGGUCCAUUCUGUUCCUUUUGGAGUUGACAUUUAAAUGUGCUGGAGGAAAAAAAAAAUAAUCAUCGCAUAUUCUUCUUUCAUACUCUUUAAAUCACAGGAAAAAGCAGCCUCAAGAAAAAGACUGAACCACAAUGACAACUGCUCGAUUUGAUUGUCAGUACUGCACAGCAUCACUUCUUGGGAAGAAGUAUGUACUAAAGAAUGACAAUCUAUAUUGUGUUUCAUGUUACGAUCGUAUCUUUUCUAACUAUUGUGAGGAGUGCAAAGAACCAAUCGAGUCAGAUUCCAAGGAUCUUUGUUACAAAGGCCGACACUGGCAUGAAGGAUGCUUCAACUGCGCCAAAUGCAAUCACUCUUUGGUGGAAAAGCCUUUUGCUGCCAAGGAUGAGCGCCUGCUGUGCUCGGAGUGCUAUUCUAAUGAGUGCUCCUCCAAGUGCUUCCACUGCAAGAAGACCAUCAUGCCUGGUUCCCGCAAAAUGGAAUUUAAGGGAAACUACUGGCAUGAAACCUGCUUUGUGUGUGAGCAUUGCCGACAGCCAAUAGGAACUAAACCUUUGAUUUCGAAAGAGAGUGGCAAUUAUUGUGUGCCAUGUUUUGAGAAGGAGUUUGCGCACUACUGCAGCUUUUGUAAGAAGGUGAUAACUUCAGGUGGGAUAACGUUUCGUGACCAGCCAUGGCAUAAAGAGUGUUUUCUGUGCAGUGGCUGUAGGAAAGAGCUGUGUGAAGAGGAGUUUAUGUCCAGAGAUGAUUAUCCAUUCUGUUUGGACUGCUACAACCACCUUUAUGCCAAAAAGUGUGCAGCCUGCACCAAACCCAUCACUGGUCUCAGAGGUGCCAAGUUUAUCUGCUUUCAAGACCGCCAGUGGCACAGCGAAUGCUUUAACUGUGGGAAGUGCUCAGUCUCCUUGGUGGGGGAAGGCUUCCUGACCCAGAACAAGGAAAUCUUCUGCCGCAAGUGUGGUUCUGGAUUGGACACCGACAUCUAGAGGAAGACGAUCUUUCCUCACCUGAAAUCCACUCUGGUUUUGUUCUCACUAAAUCCAGAACUUGCUUGAAGUAGUGUUUCUGAAAUAAGUUUUAGCAAAUACUAAUGUAGAGUUUAUAGCAGAAGGAUUUUUGCACACAUUCUGAUUCAACUGUAUCAUAAGAGCUCAGAAAAAGCACAGUGUAAAAGAAUUGAGUGUAUCCUAACUCACAAGGCAUCUCUCCUUGCAAAAUACUGCACUCUGCUGUUAAAAACAUAGGAAAAUAUCGCUUUAGUCUAAUCAAACAUAUAACCUAUACCUAGAAGUCAUGGAUGUUAUUACCAAAGACUGAUGUUUUUCAAAACUGCACAGAAGAAAAGGAAAGUAAGCGACUAAAUGACAGUCACAUGUGAAGCUAGUUUGCAUUCCUAGCUAGGUAGUUAUAUAUAAUGAGAUAGACUAGCUAUUUGUGGUAGAAGAACAAAACUGGUCAGGGAAAACUGAUUAGUAAUCACCCUAUUUGAGAAUUCUAUCAUUUUAUCAUUCUUUUAUUCACACAUACUGCCUUUGGAGUUGCAAAAGAAACCUGCAAUUUGCCCUCAUCCGCACUGCUUCCACAGCUGGUUGGUUCCAUGUUUAACAAAUGGAAAUGAGAAUUUGGACAUCAUGGCUCUCAUACUCUGCAUGGGUAUAAAGGGGUCCUCUCUAUCUAGAGAUAGUCAAAGCACAGGUUUCAACACAUGUUGUAUCAAGUGCAUUUUCAAAGCGCUCAAUGAUUUUUCUAAAUACUUACAGAUUCCAUGAAAGAGAAGUCUAUUCUUUCAAAUGAGCUAACCAGGAUAAUCAUUGUCCCCAAAGGCAAACCUUUAAAGUAAAUAGAUCAUUAAGUCAUCACUUGUGGAAAUGAGUUUUAGGGAAGGGAUUGAGCGUUGGAACAUGACUUUCAUCCAGAUAUCUAAAAGCAUAAUAGAAUGCAUAAUUAGCUCUGAGCUUCAUGAAUUUGCCUUCUAAAAUUACAUAGAUGAUUAAUGGGAAGACAUAAAAGUGGGCUUUCACAAACUAGUAAUAAUAAGAACUAAAAAAGAAUAAUUCACUGCUGAUAAUUCAGGACCUGCAAAGCAGUACAAUAGAGCAAUGUGGGCUAUAGAUGAGCCCUCCCCACUGUGUGUUCAUACCUGUGCCAUCCACUGCACCCCAUGCCAACCAUGUCCCAAGAGUUCCAAUUGCCUCCAUGGCCCAGAGGUACAUUCCCAACCUUAAGCAGCCAUUCUAUAAAUAAUUCAGUGUUUAUUGGUCACAAGAGAAGUAACAGCCUUAGUGAAAAUUCUAUCACCAUAUAUGCAUAGCUUUCUACCAGACGUCAACUGAUGAUGGCUAUACCAAGCUGUUCCUGGGCAAUAUUUUCCACAUAAUGAAGGACAAAUGGAAAGCAGUCUCUUUUCUCCAUGGUCAAUUGUCGUCCUUGUUAUAUAGUGUCACUUAGCUGGGGUAGAGGAAGGUCAGGAGAAGAAACCCACACAAACAUAACAUUUUCAUAAGUGACUACUCUCAGAUCACCACAUAGCAUUAAAGGUUCUGAUUGAAAUUUAAUUAUAUGAUGUAGCUGAUUACAAUAACUAAAAUAGUAUCACAGAAGAUGCAAUUAAAAUUGUUACGGAAACAAUUUUUGAAAUAGUUCAAAAUGCAAGGACGUUUGAGAAUGUUAACAAUUUAGAGCUGCUAAUAAGAGGUCAGGCUACAAAGGCUCUUUGAAAGAUAAUUGUCUUUUUUUUUUUUCAGUAACAAUACCAAGAUAACUUCUCGCAUUCACAGUAUAAAAAGUAGGUAAAGCUAUCAAUAUUUUUGCUGCAUUGUUUGAAACUGCACAUAUAGAACUAAAUACACCAACUGUUCCAUGAUCUAGAACAUAUAUUUAGAAAACCAAGCCCUUCUAGGUCUGGAUAAAUAUACAAAAUGUAACAUUGUCUCAGUUAACCAAUUAUAGAAAAACAUGCAAAAUAUAAUGUUUUCUGAAACAAUUAGUACUGUGUAAGCAUUUUCCCUCAUGUGGGGAGUGAGUAGGCACAUGAUCAGGCUUGCAUUCUAUCUGUUUUGUUAAAAUUCAUAGAAUCAUUUCUGGGA